AUGGCCAUGGUCACACCAGUGAUCACGAAGGUAGAUGGUUCCAGAGGCUUGUCCGGAGAGCUGCGCUGCGUGUGCCUCACCCUCAUGCCCAAGGUCCACCCCAAAAUGAUCAGCAGCCUGGAGAUGGUCCCCUCCGGGCCGCAGUGCCCCAGGGUGGAACUGAUAGCCACCUUGAAGAACGGGAAGCAAGUGUGUCUGGACACUGAAGCGCCUUUGAUCAAGAAAAUCAUCCAGAAAAUGCUGGACAGUGGAAAGCAGAAAAACUAAGGGAAAGGAUCGUGCACUGGAAAAAUGCUCAGUUCUGCAGCGGAGCAGUUUUCUGGGGUCUCUGUCCCAGCGGAGACGAAACGCAGAGGCCGGUUUUCUCCGAGGGGUUGGGGUUCCUCCUGAAUUCUCCACUGGGAGAUGCCUGGGAGAAGGGACCUAGGGUUGCCCGGCGGCUUUCUGCUCAGCUUAUGAAGUGUGUUACAUAGUAUUUACUGCUACUUAAUUGCUGCUAUUUUAUCUGCUGUGCUAUUGAAACCUUUGGUAAUUGACUAAACAGUGAGUCAGAAAUCACUCACUGGUUGUUAUUCUUUCAAGGUGACUAGUUUCUUUCUAGAAUAUGUUCCCUAGAACGUUACUGAAAAGGCUGUGGGUUUAAUAGGUGACUGAUAUUUCUUUGGAAUGCUAUAUAUGAAGAGAAACUGUUACCCCUCCCUUCCCAUGAAAUUGUAGUUAUUUUAGUAUUAUUUCUUGAGGAGUAGCUUAGAGAAUUUCCCUACUCUUUACCCUGGGAUCCUGUUUCAGUUAUAUUGCGUUGGAAAGCUGGGGACAUCAUACAGCUAUGCAUGUAGAAUAUAUUCCCUUAUUUAGAAUUUUGAAAUGUUUAAAUUCUAUAAGGAGUAAUAUAUUAUUUUCCUACACCUUUAGACAUUUGAUGUCUUCUUAGUAUGGCAUAAUGUCAUGACCUACUCAUUAAGCUUUGACUUUUAUAUUGUAUUUAUUAACUAUUUUAUUAGGAGUACUAGGAUUUUAAUCACUAAAUAUUUGCUUAGGUAAACUCCUUAUUGCUAGUUUUUGUAUAAAUACAUUAUUUUAGUUUUCUUAAGAAUAAGGCAAUCUUAAUGAUCUGUACUCUGAUAUUUUUGAAAAUAUAUGUGAGCUAUUUGAAUAUAAACUCAUCACUUUGUUUUUGUUUUUAAAAUGCACAGCACUGCUAAGAUUUAUAGAUGCUUAUGUUAUAUCUUUUAAGGAUUUGACCAUUUUGUUAUAAAGAAUCACAGAUGUAUCACAUUUACUAUGUUAAAAUUGUACUUUUUAACUGUGUAUUUCAUUGGCUUAUAGCACUUUUUAUUCUUUGGAAAAAAAUAAAAGAUUUAAAAAAUUUG